AUGUCACUGGUUCCAGUUAGGCCAAAUCAAAACAACUGGGUGGUUGUUUUAAAAGAUUCAACCCGUAAUUCACUUGUUCUGUAUAAUCAAAGAUCUCAUGAGCUUGCUCUUAUUAACGAUCCCUCUGAAUUUCAUUUUUAUAAUACUCGGCUUAUCGGCUCUUCCCCUAAUGACCCACUACCUGAGAUUUAUCCUGGAAUAUUACAAAAUGAUGAAUCGUCAUCGGAGCUAUCUUCAGUCGAGUUAUCCCCUAGCUCUUCACUUGAUUAUCCAACUGCCGCUCCUGCAGAAUUAAUAGAGUACUAUCCACCAGAGUUUAAUGAUAACGGACAUUCAGGAUUUCAGGGUCCGUCGAAUCACAGUCAUUCUUCUUCUUCCACAACCAUAAUUGUGUGCCCCGAAUGUGGUUAUCAUAUACCAUCACCAUUUCGUCGGCAGGGAACAUCCACUCAUCGUCAUCACAGACAGCAUCAGACUCGUUCGUCUCAUACAGCAAUGCCAAGGCAAAUAGAAGCACCAGCAAUUGUUCGUGAUGCUAAUUAUUUUAAACUUCUUGAAGGGUUUACCCCAGUUUCUCGAAAUAAUAAUUCUUUAAAUCUUAACGAAACAAAUGAUGGUACUAGUCAUGAGUCAAACGAAGAAACAAGUACUAGUAUUCAGCAAGAGUUUAAGGAUACAUCUCUGAAUCAGGAGACUGAUCAACCUGAAGAACCCAAUGCCUUUUCUAACAAACCUUCCUCAAUAAAAUCAGAAUAUUCGUCUAUUUCAGCGUCUGCCUUCAGCCAGGGUUACUUUGACCAAUUUUUUAAAGUUAAAGGCACGUUAGGCCGUGGAAGUCGUGGCACUGUAUAUUUGGUUGAACAUAUGCUAGAUGGUUAUUCAUUAGGACUUUUUGCUUUAAAAAAGGUUCCCGUGGGAAAUGAUCAUAAAUGGCUUGAAAAAGUUCUUUCUGAGGUACACCUCCUACGAUUACUAGCCCAUCCAAACCUCGUGAGCUAUAAUCAUAUGUGGCUUGAAAAUUCCCAGAUUUCCAGAUUUGCACCAGUAGUUCCUUGUGCUUUUAUUUUACAGGAAUACUGUGAUGGAGGCACAUUAGAAGACUAUGUUAAUAAUCUUAAAUCAGAUUAUAUUCUUGAAUCUUCUUUGCCACCAAAAGAUGGGUUAUCGCCUCAAAAUCCAGCAAAUGUUGUAGCUAAAGAAAGAUUUAGAAGAAAAUCUGAAGCCCGAUCAAAUAGACAAAAAAUUCCUUUGAAAAAAAUGACAAAACUUACUUUGGAAGAAAUUUUAUCUUUCUCUCGAGAUAUUUUUUCAGGGAUUGUUCAUUUACAUGGAGCACAAGUGGUUCAUCGAGAUCUAAAACCAUCUAAUUGCUUGCUUUUAACUCCCGAAAACCGCGCUUUUAACAAUAUAUCAAAAAAUUCCCAAUUUUCUUCAGCUUCAAAUGAUUUUAAAGAGGACAAAAACAAGGAAAUGGAGAAUUUAAUCAACUCCCAAAACUCAUACCCGUCGGAAAAUCAUUCAUUAAAAAAAAUGAAUAAACUUCCAACUGUCCUUGUAAGUGAUUUUGGCGAGGGACAAAUGGAAGGAUUACUACGAACUGGAACGGGAACUACAGGAACAUUAGAGUACUGUGCUCCAGAACUUAUCAGGCCAUUUUCUUCUGGUGAAUUAGCUCAAUUUUCUAAAAAAACAGACAUGUUUUCGUUGGGCAUGAUUUUACAUUUCCUUUUAUUUUCUCGUCUUCCAUACACCCCACUCCUAAUAGAUGGCGCAGAUUCUGAAUCUUUAGAAAAGCUAAAGAAAGAGGUCAUUGAUUUUAAAGGGUUUGAAGUUUCAAACGUGGAGUUCAGAGAAGAUAUUCCCCAGGAACUUUAUAUUCUUUUGGCCAAGUUACUUUCUAUUGACCCAGACGAGCGUCCUACAGCGAUUGAAUGCUUGAGAGUUAUUGAAACUUUAAUUCGAUCCUCUGGAUCCACUUCACAAACUUCCAAUCGUUCAAAUUCUACUUCCUCAAAUGAACCGUUAAAAAAACAAAAACAACCUAAUUCGUUUUCAAACAGCGAAAAGAACAAUGGAUCUCGAAUAAAUGAUUCGAAUUCUUUGGUUGGAAUUGUUGCGGUCUCAAACCAGAUUUCCAAAAACAAAUUUGAUGACACAACUUAUACCACUAACUCUCCGCAUGCUUCCAUUAGUUUUAUUACUGAUCGAUCGCUAGCUGACGUCAAAACUAUGACAAAUUACUCAACGCAACCAUUUGGAGAUCUGGGCACUCCCCCCAGUUCUAAGAAGCUAAUUUCGCCUCGAAAAGGUUCAGAAAGUCAAAGUUCUGAAAAUAUAUCUGGUAAAGAAAAGUCUCAUAUCAAGCAAUUAGAAAGUCAAAAUAAAUUAAGCAGUAAAAUCAUUGAAAAAAAAGAUACUAUCAAUACAAUUCCUCAUGAUUUAAAGCUUAUCGAUACUCACUCUAAACUUCAAUUAGAGAAACUGGUAAAUCGGCCUUUUCCUGAGAAUUUCUAUUUUGGUACCUCAAUUAAUGAUAAUAUUUCCAGAAAUCUGGUGACAUACCGCAACUUAACACCUCCAACGACAAAUAAUAUCAUUGGAUUUUCUUCUCCCAAAGGUGCUGAAGUUAAUUUUAAUGGGAAAGCUUUUGGAGAAACCUCAUUCCCUGAUAAAUUCACUGAUCACAAUCAAGUUUCACAACUUGCUAAUUUUAAGAACUCACAAUCAGAUGAAUACGAUACCCAUAAUUUGGCUAAUUCAUCCCUAAAACGUAGCAUAUCAACUCUUAAAAGAAAGUAUGGUGAAAGUUUACGACUUACCCAAGAUAAUAGAGAACUAUAUGUUGAGCAAAAUUUUCCGCAAUAUUUCGAAGAAGGGCCAAAAACCAAGUUUCAGCGUAAUCUAGAUUCAAACAGUGACACCAAUGACCAUAAUGAUGGAGAAAAUACUAUGCAACUAGAAUUGUUCAAACGACACAUCGGAUCAAGGGUUGUUCAAUUUGUUAAUUCUUUUGCUUGGAAUGGAAGUUCCCAUAAUGGACCUUAA